CGAUCAUAAAAAAAAAUACCGGUAUAUAAAAAAGUAAAAAAAAGAAGGUGAAAAUAUUUUGUUCAAUAAAAUUUGAAAUGAAAAAGAAAAAGACUUUCUGAAUGCAGACCGACUAUUCGCUGGGCACUUAUUUAUCAACACUGUCGCAGCGAGAUUCUUCUUUGUGAUGCUUCAAUCUUAAGACUAAAGUAUUGAACAAGCCAUAUCUGGACGUUUGAGAUUUCUAUGAAGAUCUAACCAAUGUUUAUUAUACAAGACUGCAGUCCCGAGAUUGAGUAUCUGAACAUAGCCACUGAAACCCAGGGCAGCCUUUUUAAUGUAACUGCUAUCGCCCAGUCAGCCACAGUUCUAACAAGAGACCACAACGUCUCGGUCCCUUCCAGCCCACGGGCAAUUAGAUAUGACAUCAGCGUGGCUGUAGUAGCAGCUUUGGACUUUAUCCUCAACUGCAUUCUUCUUCAAGUCCUCUGCCUGUGCGGUGUGGUGGGGAACGCCCUGAACAUCGUCAUCCUUUCACGCCACGGCUGCAGAAAGCCGACCAACAUACUGCUGACCUCGCUCUCCGUCUCCGACCUUCUCUUCUCCGUGACGCAGUCGUUAAGCCGAGCGUGGAGCAUCGUGGCGAGGUUUGACCUCAACUCUGCGCUGACCCUGAACUCAAUGUACGUCGUGUACGUGCGCUCCUGGAACGAGGCAGCUCUCACGAUCAGCAUCUACCAGGUCACUAUGAUCGCUCUAGUCCGUCUUCUGGCUGUGUGCUGCCCACUUCAUGUCCAUCGCAUUGUCACGCCUCUGCGAGUAAAAUUCUUAACCUGCGCGAUCUACAUCAUUCUGGUCGUGUUGCAUUCUCCUAUUCAGUUUAUGUACGAGAUCCGAUGGGUGCCUGUGAUCGGAAACGCCACAGUGGCAGAUUACCAGCCAAGCCAUUUCUAUGUCUCUCACACAGAUGGCGUUAAUUUCUACAUCGCUGCCAUCCUGAGCAAUGCAAGGUCGUCAGUCCCUCUAACCACUGUCUCUGUCUGCUCAAUUAUAAUUAUCCUUCGGCUGUCUAUUUCCAACAAACUCCUUGACAAGCAGUCCGACUCAAUUAAAAAAAAAGCCAGGUCAAUCAAGUCUGUCAAAAUGCUGCUAACAAUCUGCUUCAUCCUGAUGUUUCUGGUUCUAGUGCCCACCACUACAUUUGAGGCCUACAUCAGCUUCGGUCCUGACAAAGCCCAACUUUCUUGCAGGCUGAAGAUCGUGGUCCUCUACCUCAGCAAUAUACUGUUCCAGUUCAGUUGCUCGGUCAACUUUGUAGUGUAUGUUACAAUGAACUCAAAGUUUGCAAAGACUUACAAACAGUUGUUCUGUUCUAACCAAAAACCAUCGCCACAGAAAAGGAAAUCGUUUGAAAAAUAGAUCUAGUUCUUAUCAUAAUAUGUGUAGGAAUAUGUCUUUUGAAAUGUGUAAGAAUGGCUGCCUGGUCCUUUGGUUUGCGCGCUGACUGUCGUUCGGACGUCUCGAUGGUCCCGGGUUCAUACCAUGAUCGCUGCCCUCACCCGUCGUCCU